AUGUCAUGCUUGUUGAUGAAAAUAAAAAUUUAUUCAUAAGUCAAGUCAAUAGGUACUGUUUAAGUGUUAUCAUUUUCGCCGUACAGUGAUUCACAUAAAUAAAAUAAACUUAAUUUUUCUAUAAACACAAUUGAAUAUGAGAGUUUAGUGAUGAUUUUCAAGCUAUUUCUUAUAUGUACUGCCACCACCUGCGUAUUUGUUCAGGGUAUUUCAAACACUUCAUCUACUGUCCGAAAUGUGGGUGAAAAACAAUUUAUUUACAACAUAUACGAUUAUGACACAAUAAUACACGUCACAAUCAGCAAUGAUACGGAGCAGAUAAUGGACUUUCGUGAGAAUUCGUAUACAUAUCGUGGUUUUCCGACAAGGGUGCACAUCGUCACAAAUGACACAGUCACCACGGAACAUCCCGUAUUCAUCACAACCACUCAGCAGAAAGGGGUGUCAUCAUGGGAGCUCCCACUGGAGGUGGCGACGUCACAUUCCUCGAUGCUGUUCCACGAAAUGGCGAGAACUCUGUGCCCCCACGACGCUGGUCCCAACAUAACAUCAGUGAACCGUCCACAACUCCAGCUAUCCACCUUCAGUCCAGCUAACGUCAGCGUUGAUGUUAAGUUGCGACGCGUAACCGACUUCUACGUGCCUCUUGACCAGGUGGUCCCGGUGGUUGUAACGCCCAGUACACCCAAGUACUACUACUUCUCGUUCGACAGUGAACCACCGGAGAAUGAUACGAAGAGAGAGCAGCUACUGCCGAGAUUCAACUACACGAUUCCGAAGAGCGUAAUACUGAUCGUGGAGUCGGAUGAUGACAUAUGUGGAUUGGUCUCCAUACAGAACAACUCGUGCCCAGUGUUCGACAAUGAGAAUGACGCCUUAUAUCAAGGUUACCAUCAAACUAUGACGAAUAAGGGCGGGAUCACACUAACGCAAACAAUGUUCCCGUCGGGUUUUUACGUUAUGUUCAUCGUUAAACAGACAGAUGAUGAGUGUAUCGGUUCGACUGAUAUAUUGCCAACCGCUCCGACUCUGUCCACCCCGGCGGACAGGAGGAAAGAAUUCAGAUUUCGCGUUAUAGCCACGAUAUCGUACAAGGAGUAUGUUAUAGGCGCUUUAGUCACGUUAGCUUUGAUAUUUUUAGUCGCUAUAUUAGUGACUAUAGUCGCUUUACCUGCCUUCUCUUGCUCGCCACAAGCUAUCCUCAUACCAGUGACCGAUCCUAACCCAGAAGAACCAGGACCGUCCACGAGCGUAGAAGCUGAAGCGACGCCUGGCCCUUCGCACGCGACUGACAAAUUAAUUGAUGAAGAUUCCCUAUCGGAGUCGAUACCGGAAUGGCCUGAACCUCUAGCGCCGUUGACCUUAGCUGGUCUCAGCCGGGCCAAGCCUACCGCUCACAACAGGAGGUCUGAUAGGUAUUUUUGGAGCUCCCUAACCGUCGCAAUUGUGUACGCAUUGCCUGUUAUUCAACUAUUGUUUACAUACCAACAGAUGGUCUUCCAAACCGGAAAUCAAGAUCUGUGCUACUACAACUUCCUAUGCGCACAUCCGCUCGGCGCGCUUCAGAUGUCCGACUUUAAUCAUGUAUUGUCCAACAUCGGCUACGUGCUGUUGGGAGUCAUCUUCAUGUUGCAAGUCAGAGUUAGGCAGAGGAAACCUCAGUCUCCUGGUCUUGGCAUCCCCCAGCACAGUGGCCUGUUCUACUCCAUGGGCUUGGCCCUGGCGAUGGAAGGUCUACUGUCAGCGUGUUACCACCUGUGCCCCAACAAGAUGAACUUCCAAUUCGAUUCGUCGUUCAUGUACGUGAUAGCGGUGCUGGUGACGGUGAAGCUCUAUCAGAGUCGGCAUCCCGACGUCAACGCGAGUGCGCACGCGACUUUCAUGGUGCUGGCGGCCAUCAUUGUCAUAGGUCUCUUCGGCAUUAUGUUCCCAAGCGUGUAUUUCUGGGUUUUCUUCACUAUACUACAUCUUAUGACGUGUUUUAUACUCACCGUGAAGAUAUACUACGUCGGACAGUUCAAACUUGAAUGGUCUGUUCCGCGUCGAAGUUGGACCGCGAUCCGAAACUCUGGUGCGGCCGCGUUCCGUCCGCGCUACACCGCGCGCUGCGUGCUACUGGCGCUGGCCAACCUCGCCAACUGGGCGCUCGCCGCGUACGGAUUAUACAUGCACAAACGCGACUUCGCGCGCCAUCUCCUAGCCAUUCUAAUGGGCAACACUAUCCUAUACACCUGGUUCUACCUGGCCAUGAAGCUCAGCAAGCGGGAGAAGGUGUCUCCGCCGUCGUGGGUCUACUUCAUAGCCGCGCACGUCACCUGGAUCUUGGCGCUGAGGCUGUUCCUCGACUCCAAGACCAAGUGGUCGGAAAGCCCGGCCCAUUCCCGCCGCCACAACGCCGUGUGUUCAGCGCUACAGUUCUACGACUCCCACGAUCUCUGGCACGUGGCCUCCGCUACAGCACUCUAUCUCUCCUUCAAUCUCCUGCUGGUCAUAGACGACCCGUUGAGGAACACACCGAGGGACUUGAUACCUGUGUUUUAAAAGUGCCUGAAUUUGAAGAAAAAAAAAUUUAUAUUGAUACAGUAGCGCCAUCUAUGAUUCGGUGAAUACACUAAUUUGCGCCUUAUGAAGUGGACAGUGUCGACAUCUGUGUUUUGAGACUGGUACUUUUUAAUACAUUGCCACGACGAGGUGUGUUCGGCGCUGCAGUUAUAUUACUCCUACGAUCUCUGUCUCGUGACUUCCGCCAUAGCUAUCUAACUCUCUUCCAAUCUCUUAGACCCGCUGACAAACACACCAAGGGAUACCUGUGUUUUAAAACAAAAUAAAAGUUCCUAAAUUUGAAGAAAUAAGAUAAAUAUAUUGAUACAGAAGCGCCAUCUAUGAUUCGGCGUUUAUACUAACUUGCAAAGGGGACAGUGUCGACAUCUGUGUUUUAAGAAUGGUACUUUUUAAUACGACUACGACUCAAACCUUCUCUGGCACACCACAGGGGACUUGCUUCUUGUCUUUAUAAAACAAAGGUAGUUUUAAAGAAAUAAGUGAUGAAUAAAGUAGCGCCAUCUAUGAAUCGACGUAUAUUCCUAUAGGAAUUUGUGUUUUAUGGACGGCAAAAGGCUAUGACGAGGAUGAACGUGACACCUUUCUGUCUUUGCCAAACAGACGAUAGAGAUAAAAAAGGGAUUGUGUGUUUUUAUGUUUGUAUGUCAAGGGCGCCUAAAUGGUAGACACUCGCAGACGACGUUACAAUAUGAGUCGCAUUUGUCUGACGUUAGUGCUUUAGCGUCUACUCUAAAGACCAGGUGACCCACUUUGGCAAACUCCCAAGAGAGAAAGAAAAAUGCUACGGAAUUGAAUACUUGUUAUUAAAGUCAUCAAAUUCAAAUUUAAAAAAAAUAUUCAUUAUUAUGGGACACUUCAUAUCGCUUAAUAAUUGUCAUAACUAUUGGUUUCACAACAUUGGUUUUAAGUCAAAUUAAUUACUUAAAACUAAGUUUACGGCCGCUUCCAAAGCAUCAGUGCAGAAGAAGCGGUUGCAAACUGCACUGCAGCAUUUUCUUUGACCACGUCAACUUCAGAACUAUCCAAACUAAGAAUAAAAAAUGUGGACGAGAGAAUACAUUGUUGUAAUAAUAUUUAUGGAUCAUCCUAAAAAUGAUUUGACGUUUCUCUUAGAAAUAUUAUAAGAGCUCUUCUAUCUGUUUUUCAAGGAUGGUAAAAAUGCCUAUUAAAUAAAAAGACUACCACUAACAUGACUAGCACUGUAACGCCAUCUUUGAUACGGCGUAUGCACUAAUUUGCACCCUUUGAAGUGGACAGCGUCGACAUCUGUGAUUUGAGACUGGUACUUU